UGAAUUGCUUUGGGAACACUGUUCAACAACAGAAUCACUAUCGAACCUGCUUCUCUGUCCCAGAGGGGCAUUGUGAGUCCUCCAGACAGACACGGGGCACACAGUCCUCUGCUGAAUGAUUGAAAUGUCACGCUACAGAGACAAGUCAGUCCUAGCAAAAACGUUGCUUCUAGUCCAGGUAAUUUAGCUUGGAAACCAUCUGGAGAAGUGAAGGGGAAGGAAUAUUUUCUUGUGGCUAAGGUGGCAACUGGCAUUUUGCCAUCACUGAGGGCACCUCAGAUGUCCAUGUAACCGCUGGUGCUUCCUGAAGAGAUCCCUGCAUCACCCUCCUGCUCCAUAGGCCUCCUGGGCACUGGGACAUGGUGGAAGCGGAUGGACAUCAGAGCCUCUCAGAGGAGGACUGGUCUCCUCCCACAGCACCUGGUGAAUGGACACAACGUGUUUCUCUCCACCAUCUGAUCACCCAGCGGCUUGAAGUCUGAAUUUCUCAUCUGAGCCACAGGCAAGAACCACUGUCCAGCUUCACAGCCUCACUUAUCUCCAUGUCUUUUCAUCUCCACUGCCUGCAGCACUUGUUCUCAAAGGAGGGAGUUCAGAACUGGGUGUUGCUUAUAAAGGAGUGACUGACUCACAAGAGAGCUGAGCAAGUCUUUGAAAAUUCUGAGUAAAGUGAAAGAAAUCACCAAACUAGAGCUCCAAGUUAUGUCUUUCUCACAGCCUUCUUCUAGAACAGGCUGCUUGUUCUAAAAAACAAGUGCAGUUCUAAAAAACAUGGAACUAAGGACUUUUGAAGGGAAUUUUUUUGCAGAGUACUUUCUGGAGUGCUGUUAUAAUACCAUGUUUUACUCUUUUGUGAAGGCUUUUUGCUUAAUUCAUCUCAUUUAUAAAGUUUAAAAUCCCUGUCGCUGAUAUGUGCCAAACAAACCCAGCAAGAUCUGGGCAUCUGUUUCUCUUUGCUUUCUUAUAGCAUAGAAUUAUAAUUUACCUUUGCCUGCUUAGAUGUAGAAUGCUAGUCAGGUGUGUGACAUUAUCUCAUUUGCCUGGCAGGUAAGCUGCAAAGUGCUGCAAUUCUUCCACCAGUACAUGCUGGGCUGCAACUACUUCUGGAUGCUGUGUGAAGGCAUUUACCUGCACACACUGAUUGUGGUGGCUGUCUUUGCAGAGGAGCAGCGCUUGCACUGGUAUUACCUCUUGGGCUGGGGGUUUCCUUUAGUGCCAGCUUCAAUUCAUGCAGUUGCAAGAGCCAAAUACUUCAAUGACAACUGCUGGAUGAGUGUUGACACUCACUUGCUUUAUAUUGUUCAUGGACCUGUAAUGGCAGCUUUAUUGGUCAAUUUUUUCUUUUUGCUUAACAUUGUCCGAGUUUUGGUGACAAAGCUAAGAGAUACCCACCGUGCUGAGUCCAACAUGUAUAUGAAAGCUGUCAGAGCCACGUUAAUCCUGGUUCCCUUACUAGGAAUUCAGUUUGUCAUUAUUCCCUGGAGACCAGAAAACCGACUUGCUGGAGAAAUAUAUGAUUACAUCAUGCAUAUAUUAAUGCAUUACCAGGGCUUGCUUGUGGCAACUAUAUUCUGCUUCUUCAAUGGUGAGGUACAAGGGGCUUUGAAGAGGCAGUGGACACAGUACAAAACCCAGUGGGGCCAAAGGCGUCGAGAGCACUGCUCCACCAGAUCCACCUCCUACACAGCAACGUCCAUCACAGAGGUCCCUGUCUACCUGUACCAUCAUGACUCCAACAACGAGCAGCUCAAUGGAAGAUACGUAGACGACUCUGAACUUGUUGCAUUGAAGUCUGGGGAGACAUCGGCCUAGCUGGGCAGCAGCCACUGCAAACACACCAUUUCAUGUCUGCUUGUGAACAAAGAGAGGAAAAGAGUAGGGAAUCCAAGUGGAAGAGAGCAAAACUGGGUGACUGGAUACAUGGCAUUCAAACCACAUCAGCCUCUGACAGCAAUGGUGCAGGGAAUCUGGCACAGAGGUAGGAAUCGCAGUUUAUCCUUCUGAGCAUGGAUGUGCCUGCCAGGCCCAUCCCACACCUUCCCACACCUCCCGUAUCAAGUGAUGAUCCAGCAGCAGCAGCAGUGCCAGGAGUGCACAGCAAAUAGGAAAGAAGGAACUGGUACCUGGCAACUGGAAACAUUCCGCACUUUUUGCUGUCAGUACUUUUCUUUAACAGCAGAUUUUGAACUAUCAACUUUCACAUGAUGUAACUCGCUUGCGGUCCUUUACUUUUACCCAUUUGAGGAACCUGGUGACUUCUGAAGAGAUUUUGCACACUGUGAGACAAAUCAAGCAGAGAAACAGAAAAACUCAUUCCAAAGUACUCACAUCUUGAUGAUCUCCAACAAAUACCCCAACAUAUCAUCAUCACAUUAGCAGGUGCAUAAAACAAAUGAUGGUAAAGCCGUAGGUAUUGAGAUCUCAGACAUCCUCAGAAAACCAGCCAGCUCUCUCAGAAGUCCUGAAGGCAUCUGAAAAUAAUUUCUUUUCAGCAAUACAAGUAGUUCAAAAGCAUCUAUAGGAAAAAUUGUCACCCGAUUACUCAAUCCAGAACUCAUCAUUAAGGCAUGAUUCUUUCAUCCUGAAUAAACUGGGAAAUUUGUUUCAAAAUUAUUAUUUUCUUUAAUAGCCACUCUGAGAUGAAUGCUAAAUGAGUGGUUGCCUCUAAUAAAAUUAUGAUCAUGGCAGUAAAGGAUCCCGGGUAAGAAAUAAGGAACUAAUGUCAUAGCACACAGAACAUCUGUUUUUACAAUCUGUUUGCUGUUUUGAGUCCUUUACCAUUGAAAGUGACAAUUUCAUGUGUGAGUCUGUCACCAGGAAAACAAGAUGAAUGUGCAGUUUGGGGACUAACGAGCACCUUUUAUCACACAUUCAAAGCAUUGUUAGAGUCUCUGUGUGAUCACUAAUGCAGAAAUCAGAUGAGGGAGUGCUUAUUUGUAGUUAGAAGUUAUUGUACUGUCUCUAAAAAAUUUUGCAAAUCACAAAAGGAAGACAGUAGGUGAAUUUCCCACAGAAAGCGAACAAAAAGAAUCUGCAAGCAGCAAGGACAGUACCAAGGAAGUUUAGCAAGGUUAUGACUCCUCCAGCAUUUAUCCAUACAGUGUUUAAUGAAUACAAUACCAUUCCUUCUUGCAUCUUUGGCAAACUCUCCUGAAGAUCUCCCACUCCUUUGCCUUUUGUUUAGAUGUGCAUAAGAUAUUUAUUUCAAAGGCUAACAAGGUACUCAUCACAAUCUUUAGCUUUGAAGGAAGUUGGGAAGUUAUUGGUACUCCUUUGUUUUCCCUGCUAAUCAUUUGCGUCUGAUGCUUCCAGCCCAGCCCACUCUGGAAGAUGUAUGCAGUCAUGCAGGAGGCACUUGUGCAUCUCAAGUGUCUGAAUGUCAACUCUGAGGUAGGUGCUGCAAACAUGCUGCCCUGUAUGGCGGGUGAACAGAACAAGACAGCAUGCCAUCUCUUAAACUGCAGUUGUAUUCAUGUAGGAUUUCUUUCAUUGAUGUAAAAUUUAUUUUUUCCUUCACAUUCUUGCUGUGAUUCAAUCCAUAAUGUUCUUUCUGCUUAGCAUUGCCUAGGGUGCUUAAAAUAUCAUGGGUUAGAAUAGUCCCAAUUCCGUAUCUUGUCAGAUAUAGUAAAGGGAGAAAAGCUGCAAUGAAGUGGCUGAGCUCAAUGUCAAUUCAUUUGUAGUUUUAGAGGUCUCAGACUUUCCCUCACUGGCACAUCUAGACCUUUCAAUAUUCAUCUGCAAAUUUUAAGUGGAGACCUGCUGAAUGUGUCCACCUACAUGAGCUGCACAGAGCCUACCAGGAAUAAGUUGGAGGGAUAUGUGCAAGCCAGUGCUACGAACUGGAACCAUGUCCCCAUACACAUGGGAGGAAAACCAGAACUUCCUCCUUGAUGCUGCAGCUACAGAACAAGAGCUUGGGAACAAGCAGUGUGUGCAAUUCAUCACAUGGUUGAUCUAAUGGAACAGCUGCAAGAAAAUAGAGUCCUGUGUAUUCAUUCAAGCUAUACUUAUUCUUCAGACUUCAGGAACACAAAGACAAUUAUUUUUUCAAGCAGUAUUCCACAUAUUGCUGUUUUUGUUUAUACCAGUGAACAGUGGAAAGAGAAAAAUGUCGUCACAAAGUGGCUCUGCUGUGGAUGCUGUGUUUCUGAAUCAUUUGAGGCACACCAUGUUUCCCAGGAGAGCUCCAGAAGGCAG